AUGGAGGAUGGAUCUUCAAAGAAGCCUUAUGGUGUAGUGGAAGACGUUAUGGUUUGUGUGGGCAAACUAAAAUUAUUGUUGGACUUUGUGGUGAUGGAGAUGGAGGAGAAUUUGACUCCAAUUAUUCUUAGAAGACCGUUUAUGAAAACGGCCAAGGUCAUCAUCAAUCUAGAUGAAGGGAUGACAGUGCUUCAAGACCAAGAAGAAAGGGUGGUCUUUAAUGUCUUCAAAGAGGAGCAGCAGAUGCAAAAGGAAGAGGCUAGUCGUAAAGCUACAUGUCAAGAUGUACCCAUGACUAGCUUUAAAGCUGCAAAGCCGGGCUUCAAAGGUUGUGAGAGAAUAGAGAAAGAGAGACAAUUUGGGCAUUUUAAAGAUAUCUUCAAUCAAUUGGAGGUUGAUCUACUUUUGAAUGAAGCAUUGCAACAAAUUCCAGCUUUUGUCAAGCAUAUGAAGCCAGUCUCCACAAAGAAAAGAUUUUUAGAUGAGGAGAUUGAUGAGUGCAAAGCAAUUAAGAAGAAGCCACUUCCUCCAAAAGUGAAAGAUCCAGGAAGUUUUACCAUUCCUUGCAUCAUAGGGAAGGAGAAGACAAGGAAAGCCCUACUUGAUUUAGGGUCAAGUGUUAAUUUGAUGCCUUUAUCUCUAUUUGAGUGA